AUGGCUACAGAAGACGAUACUACAUCAAUAGGGAUUACGUUUGAGAAGUUUAACGAAAAAACGAUGGAUUUUCUACAAUGGCUUAAUACUUUUGAGCAAUUAGUCACUUCCUUGAAUAUACCAGAUAACGAAACUGUUAGAUUCUUAUUCGAUUGGUUAGAACCUUCAGUAUUUCCAAAAAUUCGUGAAAAAAUAUCUCCUGUAAACCCAUAUGAACUUCCAUACGAUGAGCUUAUAGCUGUUUUAACAGAAAUGUUUACAAAUGUUCAAGCAAAGGACGUAGCUGACUAUCGUUUUUUAACACGUGUCCAAUUACCGUACGAAUCUGUUGACGAAUAUGUCCUAUCAUUGUGGCAAUUAUCAAGUAAAUGCUUUUCUAUCUAUAAAACUUCGUCAUAUUUACAGAAUAUUUUCAUGAAAGGAUUAUAUGAUCAGGAAACUAAAGAAUUUUUAAAGAGGUAUACAAAUUUGUCACUUAGUAAUGCAAUAGCUAUCGCAAAACAAAUUGAACUAGAGAAGAAAGGAGAAAUACGUAUAUAA